AUGUCAGGAUUUGAGGUUAUUGGUGUCGUGCUGGGUGUUAUCCCGCUAAUCAUCUCUGCCCUCGACAGCUACAAAGUCACGCGCCAGAAGAUCAAGUUCAUCGUCAAGAAAGAGCUUCUCCUGAAUCAAUUAAUUCAGUCUCUAGAAGAGCAAAGAUUUUUUUUUAUGACCGAUAUUUGCUUAGCGCUCGGGGGGAUCGAUCUCGAGGAGAAACAGAUCAUCGCCUUAAUAGAUGAACAGGGCUCAAAUCUUUUUCAGAAUCCGGAAGUCGCGGACGCCCUCAAAGAAUAUCUGGGAGAAGGCUUUAUGCUGUACACCAAUGCUGUCGCUCGAUGUCAAUGUAUCCUCAGCGAUAUCGUUGCAAAUAUCAGUGGUCUCGUAUCAACAAAUCAGUGGAACAGAAAUGACCUCUCAGCGAUUCUCCAGGCUCAGCCGAGAAAGAAUGGUCAAUUUGAAUUUACCAAGCGAAUCAAGUUCAGCGUCCGAAAAGAAGAUUUACAGCGGCAAAUAUACGAACUCGACGAAUCCACAAAAACAUUAAGCCGACUGAGGGAUCAUAGCAUAGCAAGGCAGAAUGUCACAACACAACCAAGGUCCAGAGCCAUUACAAGAUUCACUGCAGCCUUGAAUAUUGUUCAGAAUUACGCCCAAUGUCUGUAUUCUGCCGUUUCUUAUGGUUGCAUAGCUGGGUGCCAUCCAGAGCAUGAGGCGAGGUUAUUUCUGCAGACAAGAUGGCCAGAAAUGGAUCAGAAAUACCCCAAGUCCCUCAAAAUGACAGCUGUCAGUUUCACAUUGACAUUCUCUCCACGUCCUAUUCCCUUGGAUCCUUCAUUUGCACGCAAGAAAUAUGAAGUCAAAGUGUUGGAAGAAGAUCUGGACAAUUUUGGCGACGGCCUUAAACCCAACGACGCCAGUCCACCAGUGGUAAAACUAAACCCUCCCAGCUCCACAGGGCAUCCAAAUCUUUCACCACAACAAAUUGAGGACCUUUGUCAAUCCCUAUACCGAGCAUAUGAGAGCAGACAAGGACUUCAUCUCUACUUAUCACGAUGUGCCAAACUUUGCUAUUACAGCGAUUCAACCAAUCCAGGCAUAGAAAUGAGCAUCAACAAUGAGCUGACUUGCGAUACCCUGAGUCUUGCAGAUAUCCUGUACAUGAUGCAGGAUCCAAAACCCAGUACGCCGAAGUGGACCAUAAACCAACAAAUGGCCCUUGCCUUCAAAAUUACAUCUUCUAUCAUGCAACUCCACUCUACGCCAUGGUUGAAAGCUCCCCUAACCAGUUCCUCUAUACGCUUCAUGUCUCAUUCUCUCGGGUUUAGAAAUACCCCUCAGCCGUUCAUUGUCAGCAUAUUUCCUACCCAGACCCGAACCACAUCGCCAUGGACCGCAAAGACUUCCCUUCUAGAGCUAGGGAUAAUGCUUCUUGAAAUCUGGCAUAUGGAAUCCAUCGAUUAUUACGCAUCUAGGAGAAAUCUCCAAAUAAACGAUAGCUAUGGAACGCGCUAUGAAAUAGCCAAAAAUUGGCUCAACUUCAGCGAUGAUAAUAUGCUUCCGUUCUACCUGGAAUUGGUAACCAGAUGUAUCGAAUGCACAUUUGCCACGACAACAGCAACACCCGAAUGGAGCGAUUCUAUACUCAGAAAGUCGGUUUGCGAGCAUGUGGUGAAGCCACUAUGGGAGAACUGUCCACAAAAGCUAUGGUAG